UAAUAUUACAUGCAUAAGUGUGGUAAUCUUUAUGUCUUAUCCUCACUAUGUAGUAAAUAGCUUGGACACAACAUUAUAAAGUGGCGUUGUGUCCUAAAGAACUUGGUACUUGGUAGAUAAUCACUUUUCAGGUGUAGAGGACAUGCAAAUGUAGCUGUCUUGGUGAAAAAGGUAAUUUAAUAACUGAAAAAUGUACAGUACACUUGUAAUGGUUGCUUAGUGUUUUCGAGGGAGUUGUUUUUCAAACAUGUUUGUGUCGGAACAUCAAAACGUUUUAAUAUAUAGAAAAUUUAUUCAGCAUAUGAUUUUCUAUGACUAUGUAUGUAGUCAGGUGGUCAGUUACUUCAUUGUUUGAACAUAUUUUUCUUAUGUCAUUUACGAAUUUCUCUCAUUUAAUCACUCUGCACCAACUUGUGAGAAUAUCCAACAAUGGUCAAACAUUGCAUAAAAUUAGUUGUGUUAGAUUAAUACUGCAUUUUAUACUCAUGCUUUGUUUGUGCCUUUUGUCAUUUUAUUUUUGACAUCUGUGUCAAGUUUAUGAGCGGGUUUACAUUUGUGGAAGUAUCAUGGAAGAGUGCUUAAAUGGCUUGCGGUUACAAAUUGCUCCUUUCUUGUAUGAAUGUAAACAUAUCAGACAAUAUUACAAUAUUAAAGCACUUUAAACUAAAUGACUGGGCUGAAGUGUCUUCCUUGUGUGAAGUUAGUCGGCAGUAACUGGGUUCCAUCAAACACCACGAGUGUGAGCGCAGUUACAUCUGACAUUACGCUAUUAUUGAUUCACUGAAUAAAAAAAACAAAUCACUGCAUAAUCGUUAAGACUGUGCAAAUCCUUCUAAUUCAGUGAUAACAUAUAUUAUAAUUCAAAGCGCUUCAGCGCUCCUGAAGAGAAAAUUAACACGAAUAAAUGGGACUCGUUUCAAUCCGUUCCGUGUCGCAGUCCCAGGCCACAGUUUAUCUCCUACCACAAGGGGGCGCGGCUUCCCGGAUCUUAUUACACAUUUGUGAAGGGCGGGCCUUUUAUGUGCCGCUGCUACAGGGAUACCAAGAUGGAAAUUCAGGGGCUUUCUAGAGCCCAAAACACACAGCAGCAACAUGGCGUCUCCUGUCGGCGGGACCUGUCCCGAGCUGGAGCGCGGAUAGACGCGCCGCGUCGCGCCGUUUCCAGCCAGCUCGGGCUCGGCGAUUAUUUGGACGCGCACGAUCUGGAGAGUGACAACAACAACAACCGGCCUGGGACGUCUCCGUUUCUGCUGGAGGAAAAUGGCAGCGGUGCUGGUGGUGGUGUUCCUGCGCUCGACAACCCCAAGCAGCAAGAGGAUCCCCGCAGCAGCCCCGCCGCGCGGCAGGCGCGAGCACAAAGCGCGAGCGCGGGGCUCUGUAACGUAGGCGGCACGUCGGCGACGACAGCGCCUGGGAAGGAGCCCUCGCCGCGACCGGACUGCCCGGGUCCGGGAGCAGCAGCCGCGGGGAGGAAGUUCACCUUUGACAACGCCGCCGGGGACAGUCACAGUCACGGUGCCGCGUUGCAAAUGGCGCUUCCUGUCGAUGUGCUUCAGCAGCAGGGCCCCUUGUUGCAGCCGACGCAGCCCCGAGCUCCGGUUUCAGCGCUGCAGCGUCCGGCGGCUGCGCCCUCCUCCGCCCCCGACGCUAGCAAAAGCGACCUGGGCGCCUCCGGCACGCACCGGAAAGACGAGCAGUUUUACGUGGUUUUCAGCGUCGCGCACGAGGGCAAUGGGUCCGGCGAGGCAGACUCGCGACGAGCCGCGUCCCGCGCCAGAGAGGGCGACACGGCCGCCGCCCAGGAGGAGGAGGAGGAGCCCCCCCGCAGCAGCAGCAGCAGGCAGGACGCGCUGAUGGAAGUGCAGAGCGGUUCCGGCCUCUCUGCCCCCGAGGAGGAAAACGUGUCCCAGCAUUUGGCGGGAAGAGUCCUCAGGAAGCCUUGUCCCGCGCGCGGUGCGACGACAGGUGACCGUGCUGCUGAGCUCAGGCUGGCGGUGGGGCCGGGAGACCGCGGUAAGAACGCGGUCACGGUGGGCACGCCUGGCGGAGGGGAGCGGCAUCACCCCCAGCAGCCGUCUCCCGGCGAGGCGGACGCAAUGGAGCACGCGCCCGCCGGCUCCGCCCUCAAGAGCCGAGGAGCCGCCGCGAUGACCCACGGCGCCUCUUUUCCCGAAGCUGUUCAGCUGAGCGACGCUACCGGCUCCGCUUACCUUCCGGAGCUGAACGUGUCCGCUGUGUCGACCGGGGCCUGCGGGCCUUCGAACGCUUCGCCCUCGGAUGAGACCUUCUCCGGGACCAUCAUGAUCAAUAACCAGAGCAUCGUGGUGACCAUUGAAAACGGGGUGCUGACGUUGCUCGCCCCACAGGAUGGUCACAGCCAGAAAGAGGAUGCCGCCGGCAGCUUGUUCAGCUUGAAGGAACAGCUAGGGGUGAAGGAUCACCAGGAUAUCGUGUUGAUCAAUUACGACAGUACCGCCAAGUCCUUUGGAAAGAAUGGAAAUGUGGCUGUAGGCGCCGUCCAGUAUGAGGAGCCCAGAGCCUGUUUGUCGGUGAAUGAUUCAGGGCUGACUCUAGAAGAAGAUUGUACCUUCUCAGAUCCAGGCUCCGUCCUGGAUUCGUGUGCCUCGGCUAAGGACGGGACAUUUUGUUCUUUAACAGAAGGAGAGAUGGUGGACCCUGGUUCAAAGGUUGGGUCCCACGACAGGUUGAUAACGUGCGAUGGCGAAGACCUUCCGUCCAGUAAGCUCUCAGGGUGUGUAGGAAUGAUGUCCAGGAAAGGAGCCUUGGUAACGUACCGCUGCCCGCAGUCAGACUGCAGCAAGACCUUUGACACCAAGCACAAGCUGAAGAUACACCUCCUUUCUCACACAGAAGACCAAAGGCCGUUCAAGUGCCCGGUAGAGGGCUGCGGCUGGUCCUUCACGACAUCCUACAAACUCAAGCGUCACCUGCAGUCCCACGACAAGGUGCGGCCGUUCACUUGCGAGUGGGAGAACUGCGGCCGCAAGUUCACCACGGUGUACAACCUGAAAGCGCACAUCAAAGCGCAUGACCAGGAGAACACGUUCGUGUGCGAGAUCUGCAGUGAGCGCUUUCGAAGCGCCACCAGGCUGGGCAACCACCAGCGCACCCACUUCGAACCCGAAAGACCCCACAAGUGUGAAUUCCCAGGCUGUGAGAAGACCUUCAUCACCUUCAGCGCUCUGUUCUCCCACAAUCGCACGCACUUCCGAGAGAUCGGCCAGUUCACCUGCAGUUACCCCGGCUGCGACAAGCGCUACGACAAAGCCUGUCGCCUAAAGAUCCACCUGCGCAGCCACACAGGUGAACGGCCAUUUGUGUGCGACUCGGAGGGCUGCGGGUGGUCCUUCACCAGCAUGUCCAAGCUUCUCAGACACAAAAGGAAGCACGAUGAUGAUCGGCGCUUCACCUGUCCGGAGGAAGGGUGCGGCAAGUCAUUCACGAGGGCCGAACACCUGAAGGGCCACAGCAUUACACACUUGGGCACCAAGCCUUUUGAGUGCCAUGUGGAAGGCUGCUCUGCCAAGUUCUCGGCACGCAGCAGUCUGUACAUCCACUCCAAGAAGCACCAGCAGGAUGGCGCGUCGCUACGCACACGCUGCCCUGUCGCCAACUGUAGCAAACACUUUUCCUCCCGGGGUAGCCUGAAGAGCCACAUGCUGAAACACCAUAAUAUCAGCCCCGACUUGCUCAGUCAGUUGGAGAUGACCACUUCUCUCACCCCGAGCAGUGAGCUCACAAGCACAGGCCCAACCGCUGGGGACAUGGACCUCGGUUCGCUCUUCUCUAGUGUCCCAGGAGGAGGUGCUGGUGUGACUGUAGGGCCAGGGACUGUGGCUGCACCAAGCUUGACUAUGGACAUGUCGCUGGUCAGCUCUGGUAUCUUGACCAUUGAUGCAGCCUCAGUGGGGACUACCCUUGGAGCUGCUGGGGGGGGCUUGGCCCAAGCAGUGGACCCUCUGAUAUUGGCAGCAGGGGCUGAAGUAGGACCCCCAGGCUUUGACGGUGGGCCUGCUGGAGUGCUCCCCCAGGGAACCCUGAACUUGGAUGAUGUCCAGACUGUGAAUCCAGAGGCCCUCGGCUCCCUAGCUGCAUUGGCUUUGCGAGCUCCUGCUGGGUCAGACCACCUUCACACUCUCAGCUCCUCUAGUGUACUGACUGCAGAACCCCCAGCCUCACUCACUCCCUCCAGCAGCCUUGCAGCCACCCCUGGCACGGAAUUGCUUUCACCACCCUCCAAACCAGACAGGGGGAGUGGCAAUGGCCCCCUUCUGGGCAGCACAGGUGUGUUGGGGCAGCAAGAGGGCAGCAAGGUGGUAACCCAGUUUGUGUUUCCUGGUCAUGCUGGUAGCUUCAGCGCACAGAAGGAUGCGGAACUCAAUGCAGCUCCAGCCUGUUCCUUCUUGGAGAGUGGGGGGUCAGCUCGGACUGACUACAGAGCUAUCCAGCUGGCCAAGAAGAAGAAGCAGAAAGGCCCAGGAGGUGGUCCUGGCCAAAGUCUGGGGCAGAGGAAGAGCAAGAGUGCAAAAGGUGCUUCUGUUUCAGCAGCUGGGGUUGCUGCAGGUGGCCGUUUCACCGACAGUGUGACCUCAGCUAGCGGGGAACUGACUCUCCGAGACCCUGUCACUGGGACACAGUAUGUUCAGAUACAGCUUCUACAGGAUGACCCAGCCAGUGAUGGGGAGCUGGCCUUCCAGCUCAGUUCUCAGACUUCAAGCUCCCACUCACAGCUUACUGUCGACCUGCCUGUCAACAUCCUGCAGGAACCCCCAGUCACAGCAGAGGAUGAUGCAGGAUCAGAUGCAUCACAGUUCACUGGAAGCACCAUUAACCUUCAGGACCUGGAGUGACUGAGGGAGUGAGUGUGUGUGUGUGUGUGUGUGUGUGUGUGUGUGUGGAGCAGUGCACAGAGCCAGCAUGGACAGCUCACAGAUAAGGACAAUGCAGGAGGCUUUUCAUGAACUCCACAGACAUGAGGGACAGAUGUUGGACAGAAGCCCACUGUCCAGUAAUGUAAAUGUGGAGAUAUUUGAGUGGCUUUUUGUAAAGUAUAUUUUCCAAGAGAAUAAAAUUUCUAAAAUGACCGUUUUGAUAAAGCUGGCAUUUAUAUGAAUUUAUACCUAAGGGGAUGGGUAUAUUGAAAUCGGCAAUCUUGCACCACAGAACAAAAUUUUUGCCAGGGAUUUUCUGAUUUUUAGGGGGGAAAAAACUCAUGUGCUUUUGAUGUUCAAGAAAUGCUGUGUUGUUUAAGAACACAGUUAAUUUUUACCCAUAACAAUUUACCAAUGCCAAAAAGAAAGCUCUCUAAAUAUUGGUAGAUCAACAGUCAGCAUUUCUACCCAGUUCUUGUAAUGGUGUUCCAGAAGGGCAUUUGAGUUUCUUCACCUUCCGAUUCUGCUCUCUCAGAUGUUUUUGAGUUUUUUUUUUUUUGCCUUUGUCAUGACAUUUACUUGCAUUAAAAUUAAUGGAAGAGAUGGUGUUUGUUAAUAAUGGUUUUUAUUUAUUUUUCUAUUGUGUGAAUCCUUGUUUGGUUAAUGAAUUUUAUUUUUGUCAUGCUAAGAUUAAAAUCCAUUUUAUAUGUUUGUGUAACUCAUGUACU